AGCUGGUUUUGAAAGGGCAGGUUCCAGAGGGAGGGCUGGGACCGUUCAAACUGCUCCUGCCUCCUCUUGCUGAUGCCGCUCUUUGCUCCAGCGCUGGGACUGCACGGCGUGGUGGCUUUGAUGGUAGAGCUGGCAUCUCCCGGGCCACUUUUGAGGGAAGCUAGUUGGAUCCCACAAAGAGCAGAGCAGGUGGCAUGAGGGAUGCUGUGCCGGAAGCGGGCGCUCGUGGCCGUGUGCCUCGUGCUCUUCCUGUGGCACUACUUCCGAACCCCCAUGGCCAGCACUGGCCUUUUCUUCUGGUCUCCAUUUCUCUUUGGCGCCCGCCUGGAGCCCCACUGCGCUAUCAGCGUCAACAGCUCGGCCUGGUUUAAUGCCCGCUACAACGCAGCUGUGGGGCCGCUGCUGACAGCGCAAGCCCAGGACCUCCCCUCUGAUGUUGUCCAGUGGUGGCUGAAGCUGCAGGGCUCCCAGAGCAGAGGCCGGCUCCAGACUGCCAUUCAACACCUCUUCACUGUCCUCCCAUCCCCAACCAGCAGCACGUGGGCUCCAGCUCAGUGCCGGACUUGUGCUGUGGUGGGAAACUCAGGGUGGCUGAAAGGAUCACGCCAUGGGCCACAGAUUGACUCCCAUGACUGGGUGCUGAGGAUGAACAGAGCAAAGAUAACAGGCUUCGAGGUAGAUGUCGGCAUGAGAACAACCCAUCACUUCAUGUACCCUGAAAGCGCAGUGGACCUCUGGCCUGGUGUCCACCUCAUCCUUGUCCCUUUUAAGCCACUGGACCUGAAGUGGAUGGCCAGCGCCUUGUCCACAGGAGAACUCACACACACAUACACGAGAGUCAAACAGUUCAUCAAAGCUGACAGAAGCAAGGUGCGGGUCCUCAGCCCUGCUUUUCUCAAGUACAUCCAUGACAACUGGACGCAGCACCACGGGAAGUACCCCUCCACGGGCUUCACCGCAGUGCUCUUCGCCUUGCACGCCUGCCACCAGGUCUCUGUGUUCGGCUUUGGAGCAGAUCCUCGAGGGAACUGGCAUCACUACUGGGAAGAAAACCGCUACUCAGGAGCCUUCCGCAAGACAAAGGUCCACGACGCUGAUGUUGAGUUCAGCAUUAUCAAGAGACUUGCAGCUGAAGGCAAAAUAUUUUUCUAUGAAUGACCUGUUUUCAAGGAACUGAAGUCAGGGUGGUAGCACAAGGCCUGGCAGAUACCUCCUGACAGUUG